AUGUAUACCCACAAAGAGGAGAAAGUAACUGAAUCCAACGUCUCUUGUAGGUUCAUCCUAGACGGCUUCCCACGCACAGUACCACAGGCCGAACGUCUCGACCAGAUGCUCGAAUUCCGCAAAGAAAAGCUCAACCAUGCCGUACAACUCGAAAUCGAUGAUGCCCUAUUGGUUGCCCGUAUUACCGGCCGUCUCGUCCAUCCUGCCUCCGGCCGCUCCUACCACAAAAUUUUCAACCCUCCCAAAGUCGCCAUGACUGAUGACGUCACCGGUGAGCCUUUAAUACAACGGUCUGAUGACAACGAAGAGACCUUGAAGAAGAGACUGGGAACCUACCACGCUCAGACGGCGCCGGUCGUCGAUUAUUAUAAGAAGAAGGGAAUCUGGACCGGUGUUGAUGCAUCACAGCCACCAUCUACCGUUUGGAAAACACUUUUGGGAAUCUUUGACGAAGAUAAAUCAAAGAGUCCUAUAUUGAGUCAGGUCGGCAUCUCCCCAAAGUAG